ACUCUGUUAGAAUCAGCGAAUAGCUUUCGCUGUCGCUUCCAGUACCCACCGGCCUGGCCGGCAGGACCCGUCCGUCCGACCGGCCUCACAUGGUCUCGUGCGCGAUCCAUCCAAGGGACGACUUGCCGCCGAGCCGAGUCGCACGCCGGACAGCGCCGCGCUAGCGCUGCCCAUCUGAUCCUUGUCCCAGCACGAGGCGAGCACCUUUAAAUACGCGACGCGGCGCUGCGAUGCGACAGCAACAAGAGGAGGGCGUUCGUUUCGGAGUCACGUCGGGGGCGGUGCCUUGCGGGAGGGUGACUGGUGCCGGCCGGGCGGAGAGCUAGCUAGAGAGCCAGCGGCAGGGACCGGGGAGCUUAGGGGAGGGGGAAGCAGAGCAACGACGACGCGCCCCGCGAUAUAUGGCCACGGCGAGAGCCAUUGCCGCAGCGGCGGCCGUGUUGGUGGCGGCGCUCCUCGCGCCGGCCGCGCGCGGGGUCGAUCGCGGCGAGUUCCCGCCGGGGUUCCUCUUCGGCGCCGCGACGUCGGCGUACCAGAUUGAAGGCGCGUACCUGGAGGACGGCAAGGGCCUCUGCAACUGGGAUGUCUUCACCCACACACACACUGGAGCGAUCAUGGACGGACGCACUGGGGACGUAGCUGACGACCACUACCAUCGCUACAUGGGAGAUGUGGAGAUCCUGCAAUCGCUGGGCGUCAACGCCUACAGAUUCUCCAUCUCAUGGGCGAGGAUUCUACCAAGAGGCCGGCUUGGUGGCGUCAAUGCAGGUGGGAUAGCCUUCUACAACCGCCUGAUUGAUGCGCUCCUGCAGAAAGGGAUCCAGCCAUUCGUGACUCUGAACCAUUUCGACAUGCCGCACGAGCUGGACGUCCGAUACGUGGGCUGGCUGGGCGCUGGGAUCCGGGACGAGUUCGAGUACUACGCGGACGUCUGCUUCGCGGCGUUCGGCGACCGGGUGAGGUUCUGGACGACGUUCAACGAGCCCAACCUGUCCACCAAGUUCCAGUACAUGCUGGGCGUGUACCCUCCCAGACACUGCUCGCCGCCGUUCGGCAGCUGCAACAGCGGCAACUCGCACCGGGAGCCGUACGUCGCCGCGCACAACAUCAUCAUGUCCCACGCCGCUGCCGUCCGCAACUACAAGGAGAGCUACCAGGCGAAGCAGGGCGGCUCCAUCGGGAUCGUGACCGCCAUGAAAUGGUACGAGCCGCUGACGAAUACCACGGAGGACAUUCUGGCGGCGCGACGCGCGCAGUCUUUCGAAACCGAGUGGUUUUUGGACCCAAUAUUUUUCGGUGAUUACCCGAGAGCGAUGCGAGAGAUCUUGCAAUCAAACUUGCCAACCUUCACCGCGGAGGAGAAGAAGCUGCUGCUACAAUACAAGCCGGAUUUCAUCGGGCUGAAUCAUUACACGGCGAUUUACGCUAAGGACUGCAUCCAUUCCCCGUGCAACCUUCAGACAUACGAAGGGAACGCGUUUGUCUUGGCGACCGGGGAAAAGGACGGGGUGAAGAUCGGGAGAGAUACGGCGCUGUCAGGUUUCUACGAUGUCCCAGAAGCCAUAGAGCCGGCUAUCAUGUUUGUGAACGGGAGGUACAAGGACACGCCGGUGUAUAUCACUGAGAACGGUUUCUCACAAUGGAGUGAUGCCAACAGGGAAGGGCUGAUCAACGACGUGGCAAGAAAGAACUACCUGCAGGGCUACGUCACAUGCCUAUCCAAAGCAGUCAGGAACGGAGCAAACGUGCGGGGCUACUUCGUGUGGACGCUCCUGGACAACUUCGAGUGGACGUUCGGUUACACCGUGAGGUUCGGCCUGUACCACGUCGACUACGACACCCAGGAGAGGACGCCCCGGAUGUCUGCGACGUGGUACCAGGGCUUCCUCACCGCAGGCAACACCAGCCUGGUGACCCACGAAGACGAAGCGCAGGCACGGAGAGCAGACGCGUGAUGGUGAUGCUUCCAGUUCCAGCGAACGGAUGCGUUGCUAUUUGCUAAACAGCUAGCCGCAGGCCUCAGGAUGAACUCAGGAGUCAGCACUACUCGAUCGUGCUCGUCUCCUUCCCCUCGCCAUAUUAGAAUGCGUGGGGUGUCCUAGCUAGUGUGUGUGUAUAUGGAUAGAUAUAAUAUAUGGGCAUCAUUAGAAAAGGUGGUACUGCUGCAUAUAUAGUGGAUCAUGCUGUACUGCUGCUCGAUGGCUUAACGGUCUGUACUACUAGCUAGAUGCUUGCAGUUGCAGGUAGAUGCUCUCAGACGAUCUGAAUGUGAAUGUCUGUCUGUAGUACUAUUUCAUAGACGAACGCCCAGCAGUCCAUUUCUGCUGCUGAGAAACGCA